CAAUUUUCAGAUUGCCGCUAGAGGGUUUCCCAAGCUUGGAAUUCGGCUGCUUGCUGCUUCUCUUUGAAAAAUAUUUCGAUUUUCAAGUAAAAUUUAUUCUUGCAUUCUUUUACACAAGGUUCAAAUUACAUAAAAGAUGGCCAAUUCGUCUAUGCCCAUCGAGCGUCUCCAAGCCCUCGAUAAUGUGGAAAAAGAAAUUGCAAGUUGCAUUCAGAGUGCUGGACAAGCUCUUACGGAACUGAGUAAAGACAAAGCCAGUAUGAAACAGGUGGAAAGUCACACGUCACUGUUUUUGAAAACCCUCAAUCAUGUUGAAGGGGAAUUGUCAAAACACAUAAAUUACUUGACCCAAGUUUCAACAGGGUCACCGCAUGAGGGGACAUCUUAUGGUUCAGUGAAAAUGUACAAAACAGCUCGUCAUAGAAUUGAGCACACUCGUACAAGACUUCAAGAUUUAGAGAACCUGAAAAACAGAGCCUUGGCUUCCUCAGUUAGACCAACAUCGGCACAAAAUAAUCCAUAAUCUUUGUAGUAUUGUCUGAUGUUUUAAAUGAAUUUUGUACCAAUUA